UCCGCAUUCUUUUCCAUAUCAUCACCAGCAUUCGUCCGUCAACCAACCGAUACAACCCAGAGCGAGAGUGGUUUCAACCUUUGAUGGAUGGUCGUUCAGAAAACGUAUUGCAGAUCGCAUCAUAUCGUUGGAUGUUUUUGUUGUGUGUCCGUUCGUCACGUUAAAGUUGAAAUAAAUUUUGUUUUUUGUGUGUGAGCGGUGUGAGCUUUAAAGUGGGAUACCGUUCCUUGGCAGAAAAUACAAGUUAAAAAGAAACGGAUCGGUUCAAGUGGAAACGGGUUAAGUGUUUUGUUAGAAAUCGAAAUAUAAAUCCCAUUUAUUCGGUGGAAUUGAAUAACAUAAUUCUCUGGUGUUGUUUGUUGAGUGAGUGGCGUUAUUGGCAAACAAAUUUUGCGAUAUGGAUGAAGGUCGACGAAAUACAGCAACAGAGUUUAGCUAUAUCCUUCAGAGACAGGCAAGUGACGAGUCCGUCGAGGAGCAUGCAUUUGACGACAUCAAAUCGUUGAUGAAGAAUGACAAUACCAAGUCGGAUACGAUGUCAACGCUGGCCCAGACGUCCUUCAACUACAUAAACUCCAUCGUUGGAAGUGGCGUUAUUGGAAUACCGUACGCUUUUCAUCGGGCUGGUUUUGGAUUAGGAUUUUUGUUACUCAUUUUGGUGGCUGUUAUUACCGAUUAUUCGUUAAUUUUAAUGGUUCGAUGCGGUCAUAUAUGUGGACGAUUUAGCUAUCCAGGGGUUAUGGAAGCGGCUUACGGAAAAUGGGGCUACUAUUUUCUAUCUUUGUUGCAGUUCAUGUAUCCAUUUCUAGCCAUGAUAUCGUAUAACGUUGUGGUUGGCGACACGCUGUCCAAGGUGCUAAUCCGUUUCAUUCCGUCGUUGGAAACAUCGAUGGGCAUCGUUAGAUUUGGUGUGGUGUUUGUGGUAACCGUUUGCGUUGUCAUACCACUGUGUUUGUACAAAAAUGUUUCGCGAUUGGCUCGAGCCAGCUUCAUCAGUCUAGCGUGCGUUGUAUUCAUCUUGUUUGCGGUUAUUUGCAAAUUUAUCUCCGGAGACUAUGAUCUUGUACCUGACACACCCGAGUCCUGGCGCUUUGCCCACAUCGAUGUGAUUCCAGCAACAGGCAUCAUGGCUUUCGCCUUCAUGUGCCACCACAACACAUUCCUCGUAUAUCAAUCGAUGCGCGAUGCCUCGUUGGAGCGUUGGGAAAAGGUGACGCACAUUUCAAUUGGUUUUGCAUUCUGUGUCGCUGCAUUAUUUGGCAUUGCUGGCUAUGCAACAUUCCGUGCUCUGUCGCAAGGUGAUCUUUUAGAGAACUACUGCUGGGACGAUGACUUAAUGAAUUUCUCCAGAAUUCUGUUUUCGAUAUCGAUUCUAUUAACAUUUCCGAUUGAAUGUUUCGUUUCCAGAGAGAUCGUAAAAGCUCAGAUCGACAGAGCGAAGGGCAUCGAAUCAUCCGACUUGGACAAAGAACGUGAUCCAUCGCAAGAAAAAGGAGACGAUGACGAACAUUCUGUGAGGAUCACCUUGGCCAUUGUUUUGACUGCGUUCUUCAUUUCACCGAUGACGGAAUGUUUGGGACCAGUUCUUGAACUAAAUGGGUUGCUAGCGGCAAUUCCAUUGGCCUACAUAUUACCCGGUUUGGCUUACAUUCAAAUGGAGCCACAUUCAUGGACUAGUAGAGAGAAGCUUCCAGCUGUCGGGUUGGUUGUUUUUGGUACCAUUGUUACAAUUGCCGGAGCGGCUGUUCUACUUCCAGGAUUAUUAGGCGAUUGUAAAUCAAACAUUGACCUUGGUUACUGUAAAAGUUACGACGAUUUAUCAGCCAGUGUCAAUAAAUCGAGAUUGUUGACAACAAUGAAAACUCGUACGUAAAAUGGUGGAUGGUGAACGUUCACAAAUGCAGGAUUUUUGUUUAAUUUGGAAAGAUUUUUUUGUCUUACUCGUGAAAACAUGUGGACCUUUCGGUCCAUCUGAUAUUCUAGGCACCUGUGAAGUAAACGAAGUCAGGUCACUUGAACCUGAUGUCAGGGGACUUGAACUUGAAGUCAGGUCACUUAAACCUGAAGUCAGGUGACUCGAACCUGAAGUCAGGGGACUUGAAUCUGAAGUCAGGGGACUUGAGUCUGAAGUCAGAGGAUAUGAUUCUGAAGUCAGAGGAGAUGAAUCUGAAGUCAGAGGAGAUGAACCUGAAGUCAGAGGACUUGAAUCUGAAGUCAGUGGACUUGAGCCUGAAGUCAGGUCACUAAAACCUGAAGUCAGGUCACUUGAACCUGAAGUCAGGUCACUUGAACCUGAAGUCAGGUCACUUCGACCUGAUGUCAGGCCACUUCAACCCACGGGCCCGACACUAUUCACGCAACUCUUCAUUUUUUAAAUGCUGCUAUUCAUAGAGUGUCCAGCCCGUGCUUCAACCUGAAGCCAGGUGACUUGAAUCUGAAGUCAGUGGACUUGAAUCUGAAGUCAGUGGACUUGAAUCUGAAGUCAGUGGACUUGAAUCUGAAGUCAGUGGACUUGAGCCUGAAGUCAAGUCACUUGAACCUGAAGUGAGGUGUAUUGAACGAACACUGUCAUUUCCACUGAAAAUGAAACAUUUUCCGAAUGUUAUAAUUUCCUACAGGGCCUAAUUUAUUAGAAGUACAGAAAUUGGCACCUUCUACAUCUACAGUUUUCUACAGAGAGUUUUGAUUGAGAUAUUCGUUUGGAAUUAAUUUAGAGACUUAUUUUUGUGGUGAAUUCAAAUUUUGCGCCGGAUGACGUAAAAUUCCUGACUCAAUCUAUACUUGCAAUUGUGAAGAGAGAAGACUAAUGGGCACAAUUUUUAAAGGGAAUUCCCCGAAUGGAAAAUAAUUUAGCUUUAAUCGGUCAAAAUGAUAGGCAAACAAGUUAGUUAAAAAUUUAUUUAAGAAAAUAUUUUAUUCAAACCGCAAGGAAAAAGCAACAACAAAGUACCGAACCAAAACGGAUGAAACAAAAUUGUAAUUGAAGGAAAUUGAAAUUGAAAUAUAUUUUUGAAAAUUUAUUUAUUGAUAAUAGAAUAUUGUAAUUGUACAGCUUUAUAAAGUACCUGUUACGACAAACACACAAACACAAUGGCAUCUUAAUCAUAAUCAUUUUUAAUUGUUAAUGUGUACAAUUGUGUAAGAUAGAAAUUUAAUCAAAAUUUACAGCAAAGAUAAUGAAUGUAGAAGUAGAACAUACCGUUUUCGAUUACAGUCAAUGCUAAUACAAUUUCCUUAUGUUGAUGUAGAGCAUGCAAUGAUUUAGCGAAUUGAAAGAAAAAUGAAAAUAUUUCUUUAACCAGGGGAGGUGUGGGAAUUGUCAACAAUUCAUCAUAAUUAUUCAUAUAAAUUUGCUAGUCACUAUUAGAACUAUAAACAAUUCCUUAAAUUAUUUCAAAGUAAUAGAAAAUGCAAAUUAUCAAAUUCAAAAGCGUUUGUUCGUUAAUGCAUAACCAUAUCCACAAUCCACUGAAAGUAUUUACAACAAAAAAACUCCACGAGUUGUUUCAAGGUAUGGACAUUUUCGUCAUUUUCGGUCAAACUGGUACAAUCAACCACCAUGACUGGUGAAUUUUCGCAGAAAGUUUUUUUGUGAAAAUUUGAGAAAAUCGCGAAAAUUUGAGAAAUUCGUGAAAACAUUUUCACGAUGAUAGGCACUGAUGACUUCUGUAUCAGCUUAGUCUUUGAAAUAGCCAUUGAAUGGCGCUCGAUAUGAAAUGGAGAAAAUAUCCUUUUGUCAGCACUGGAAAUACCCGCACUGUUCAUAAACAGAAUCGCUCAAAUCCUCGGAAAAACCAAAACGAAAUUAUUUUUUAAAUACUUUUCGUCUCAAGCAUGUUCCAGCUGAUUAGUAGUUUAAACAUUUCACAACAGUGAAAUCAGAAUUAUGAUAACCAUUUGAUUUAAAGGUGCAGAGUGCAGUAAUAUAUUCUACCAAGUGCUCGUGAUUCAAAUGUUGGUUUAAUCCGCGUAUUGUGCGUUUAUUUUUCAAAUUGUACGCCAAUUCAUAUUUCCAUACUGGCACAGGAUUGAGUCAUUAUGGACACUCCUAAAGUCCAAAAUUCUUUUCUUCUUAAUUUUCGCUUCCACGUAUUGCUCACCUACAAUUUUUUCACAUAAUUCAAAACUAAAUUCAUAAAAAAAUCUCACACGCCAGCGAAUGAAUAAAUCGUCGUUUGUUUCAAACGUCUCGUUUCAUUCAUCAAUCCUACCAAUUGAGUUCGUCAAUUUACGGAUAGAAUCGAUAUUCAUACAAUUUAUGACCACCAGCGCUGGAACGAUGUCCGGUUCCGGCCACAAGACUUGCACGUGAAUUAACAGUCGACGAACUUCCGCCGGAAGUGAAUUAACAGUCGAUGGAACUUCCCGAUGUUCGGAUCCGCCAACAAGAAUUGCAUUCGAUUUAACAGUUUAUGAACUAUCAGUGUAAGCAAGUCAAUCUCUACCAGUUAGCAAUUUUCUUAUUACGACUAUUCAAAUCGCUUGCAAUCAGCCUUGAAAAAUUGUCGAUUGGGUGAGCAGGGAUCAACAGCUCGUUUCAUGCAGAUCAUCGAUUUUUCGUGAAGUUUUGCCGCUUUUUCUUUCUUUCAUCAUGAUUUUAACAUUUGCUUCAAAUGUGAAAAGUCACUUCAUCCCAAUGGCACAUUCCAUCGUUACCUCGCACCUACAACAAAACGCACUUCACAUUUGGAAACUGCAUAAUCAAAUGUGCCGACAUAUGGCUUAAAUGUGACUGUGCAAUUCGUUGUCUUUGCCUCGGCUUACUUCUAGUUCAACCACCAUCGUGUUGAGUCUUCAAGAAUUCAUUUCACUUGAAUUGUUCUUGCAGUUUGUCAUUUUCUUUUCGUAAUCUUAUAAGAUAGUCAACUUAAUGCAGAUCUACGCGUAGUAGCUUGACUGUAAUCGUGCGGACAUAAAUAACAUCAACUAUUUUGACUUUAAAUUUGAAUGAUAGAUAAGUAAUUUACUGAAAAAAUAGAGAAUUUAAAAAUGGUAUCUCUGGAAUACCUAAUAGAACUAAACGAUAUUCCUAGCAAAUAGUUUGUUCGAUGAAAUUCCUGAAGUAAAAAGAAACUGAAAGUAUAACAAACGAACGAACUAUGCGAAUUCCAACGUUUAAAUUGAUCACCAAAAUUAGAAAAGUCGAAACCGACACGGGAAUUUAUAUUAAAUCAUUAACAAUUUUUGUUACUUACCACACAGUGAAUUACGAUGAAAUAAGUUAUCGACCAGACGGACCCUGCAAUACAAACAGUUUUACACGAACCUUUCUCUUCAUUCUCGAAUUAUUUAAUAAAAUGUACCAGGUUUUUUCUUCUAGUUGCUCGAGCCUCUACGAGAAAAUUGUUCGUAAAGUUCGUAAGUAAUGGCAAUUUCGUGAACUUUUGACAUUUCUCCCAUAUAUUAAAUGUCAAAAGUUUACGAAACUAACUUACUUACGAUUUUUACGAUUUUUACGAUUUUUACUUCAUUCGCUUUCUAUGUAACACUCACUCAUAUGAUCUUCUAGUCCGUUGCCAAUUCGCAACGUUAAAAAUAUCGAAUGUCCUCAAUGUCCUCCUAUCCCAAUGGUUGACCCAUACUAUACAGAAUUAGCAACAGCUGGUGUAAAACCACUGGGAACGCGCAACGAAGUUCAACAAAAAUAAAAAAAAUUACAGAAAUUAUGAACAGGUGGCGCUAACUUCACGUGGUGCUCAAAUUCCUAUGAUCAACACACUUCAAGUAAAAGUGAAAGUAGUGACAGCUGCCAAAUAGAGUACUAUUUUGAAUGAAAUGGUUUUUUACAGUGUUUUCCAGUUGUAUGACACACUGUCAAGAUUCAGAAUCCUAUUUAGAGUACCACUAAAGUGCGUUGCUAUUAUUUGUGCUGAAGGUAAGCCAAAAAGCAGAUUCUUAGACACCAGCGCAGCACUGAUACUAGCAUGAACACUGAAUUGACAAUUGUCAAAUUUGGAGGCUUUAGUGAUAUGAGCUACCGCUUAGGAUUGUUUGUAUUGCAUAUUUUAACUCAUACAGCGAGAACAGAAACGCAGUUUAAUACUAAAAUGUAAAUUCCAGCAUAAAUGUAUGAGAACAAGUGCGAUGAAACAUACCAAUGUAGUACCACAUAGACUUGCUCUUAAGCAAUGGAAGAAUGUUUUCAAUCUUAUUUUAACACACAACGAGCUUAACGAAGGAAGACGGAGUUUACAGCGAAAUGACCGUUGAACAUACUGGGAGCAAACAAAAUAUUUUGAAAGAUAUAAUUCAAACACCCGCGCCCCAUACACUCGCGUACACAAUUUUAUAAACAACAACCACGUAAUAACACAUCAUUUUAUUUUGAAGACAACAAAUCGUUUCGAAAAGACUGAUUCAUAUUUAAUUCGUACUCUUCUAUUUUAUAAACGUUCUUUUGCUGAAAAUAUACACAAUUUUAUCGGAACGAAAACGUUGAAAUGAAACCGCCUGAAAGUAUGCAUAUAUGAAGGGACACCAAAUAAGACACAGAUAAUCUAAAGAGAGGCGCAUUUAUCAAAAAAGAAAAA